AUUUUUUUUACCUGUGCUCUAACCUUUUUGUUAGUUUGUUUAACCUCAUUAUUACUAUAAACCCACAUUUUCUUUCAUAAUUAAAAAAAAUGUUUUCAGCAGAGAAAGCUGCCAGCCAGAAGGCCAAGGAGUUAGGCAUACAAAACACACCUCGGAAAAGUGCCAUGGCGGACAACGACAACGACAACGAGAGCGACAACGAGCGGGCCCCCCGGACGCUUCGCGAAGCAACAGCCAAAGCCGACACCAAAAAAGGCAACAAUAAGGACAGCAAAAAGGACAACAACAAAAGAGCAAAGCCAGAAGAAACCGCCGAGCCCGAUGCCAUCGAGAAGCGGGUGCUCGAGCAGGCCAAAAAGUAUCAGCGCGGAGGAUCGAGCACAAAAAGCAACAGCACAGAGAAGACACCCCAGCAGGUGAAGAGUAAGAAGGCGGCGUCCAAGAUCCAGCAUGAGCAACGGCGACGCGAAGAGGCGGCGUUGGCGGCAGCCAGGAGCGAGAUGCUUCUGACGGAGGAUGCUGGUUUUCUGGAGGCCGAAGGCAUGGAGAGGACAUACAAGAUUACGCAAAAGCAGCUGGCACCCAACCUCGAUCUCAGCAGUGCCACCAAGAUCUUUGAUCUGAAGCUGCCUGACUUUGGCCCGUACUCUAUGCAGUACUCGGCCAACGGCCGGAACCUACUGCUGGGCGGACGCAAGGGCCAUUUGGCCACGAUGGACUGGCGCAAUGGGCGGCUGGGCUGCGAACUGCACGUGCGCGAGACCGUUCGCGACGUCUGUUGGCUGCACAAUGAGAGCCUUUUUGCCGUGGCGCAGAAGAAGCACGUCUACAUCUACGACCAUUCGGGCGCCGAGGUGCACUGCCUGCGUAAGCAUGUUGAGCCCACGGCGCUGGGCUUCCUGCCGUUCCACUUUUUGCUGGCGUCGACGGGGAUGACCGGGCAGGUGGUUUUCCAGGACAUCACCGAGGGCGGGGUCGUCGGCGAGCACCGGCCUGGGUAUGGGCCCAACCACGUGCUGCGCGUCAACCCACACAAUGCCGUUGUGCACGUCGGCCACGGCAACGGAACAGUGACGCUGUGGGCGCCGCAGCAGCAGAAGCCGUUGGCCAAGCUGCUCUGCCAUCGCGGCCCGCUACAGGCCAUGGCUAUUGAUCGCAGCGGCACGUAUAUGGCGACCAGCGGGCUGGACGGCCGCGUAAAGGUAUGGGAUGUGCGCACGUUCCGCCAGCUGCACGACUACCAGACCAUGCGGCCGGCGCAGUCGCUGGAUAUCAGCCAGCGCGGGCUUUUGGCUGCUGCCUGGGGCCCUCACGUCAGCAUCUGGAAGGACGCGCUGGCGACGAGGGUUGACAAGCCCUACAUGACGCAGCUUGUGCCCGGUGCGACGCUGAGCUCGGUGCGCUUUGUGCCCUACGAUGAUGUCCUCGGCUACGGCCACUCGGACGGCGUGUCCUCGAUGGUCGUGCCUGGCGCUGGCGAGCCCAACUUUGACGCCUAUGUGGCCAACCCCUACCAGACCACGAAGCAGAGACAGGAGACCGAGGUCAAGCAGCUGCUGGACAAGCUGGCGCCCGAGACCAUCCAGCUCGACCCCACGUUCAUUGGCCGCCUGGACCCGCGCAGCAAGGCGCAGAUGGACCAUACGCAGCUGGAGGAGCAGCGGUCCAAGUACGCCGCAGACAAGGCGGCCGGCCGCUACUUGGACAACGAGGUCAAGAACAAGAUGAAGGGCCGCAACUCUACGGCCAAGCGUUUUGCUCGCAAGCGCCAGUCCAACAUCACCGACCUCAAGAAGCUGCAGGAUAUGGAGCGCAUGGACCGCGAGCUGCGCGAGGCCGCAGAGAGGGCCCGCCCGGUGCCCGAGGCCGAGAAGGGCGCGCUGGGCAAGUUCUUCACAGACAAGCGCAACGAGCGCAAGUAAACCACGUA